AUGCUUCUGAAGACGCGGCGAUUGCGACCUCACUCAGAGACGCUGGCUGCAUCGAAUGGGCGAAUUGUAGGGGUGCAAAUCUCACCUCACGUUGGUCUGCUGUUGGCGGUCAGACUCAAACAUCGUACGUCCCGGGGGGGUGUUGACCCCAACGGCAAAUGGCUGGGCCAUAGCACGCCUGGUGGCUCUUCGUCGGGUUCCGCUGUCGGCACCGCAGCAGGAUUCUCUGCCUUUAGCCUCGGCAGUGACUCGGACGGGUCAAUCGUGCUGCCGGCAAUUCGUGCUGCUUUGUACAGCAUGAAGGGUUCCGUGGGGGCUAUCGACAUGAAGGGAAGCUUGUCUGGGGGCAUGGGUUUCGACAGCGCUGGACCGUUGGCCAAGUCUGUUCAGGAUUGCGCCGACGUCAUGAACAUGCUUCUUUCAGGAAGGGAUUUCCGCUCACACUUGACCAAAUCGUGGGAGGGAAUUCGCGUUGCAUAUCUGGAUUACAAGGCUUGGCAAUUUGCGGAUCGGAUAUGCGAUCAAACGCGAGCUUUUGAUGAUGAACAUGAAAUCGCCAUGAUUAGCGCCUUGAAAACAGCUGAAGGCCAAGGUGCAAAGGUUUGUUACAACGCAAAGUUGUUGAUGCCGGACAAGAUUAUGGAAAAGUACGGCACAACCGUGAGCUACCGUUUGGGUUCAAACGCUUUCUUGCUCUAUUAUAACAAUACCGGGCCCCGUCCACUCCAGGAUUUGGUCGAUUUCAAUAAGAAACAUGCUGAGCUGGAAUUUCCAUAUAAUCAGCCCAGCCAAAGCUCAUUUGAGAGCGCGCUGGAAGACAACAUGAGUGACGGCGAGUACGGCAGCGGCCUUCGGCACCUUCGCCAGAGCUUCCGCGACGUCACAAGAGACCAACGCGUAGGCCAAGGACGCUUACCUGAUUUUGCUCUCUCUAUGCCCUAUAAAUAUUACAAGACAGUGACGUCUCAGCUCCGUGGUUCCUCCAGUCUGGCCAUCUAG